AUGACUGACUCGGAUAACACUUCUACACCUCCUACUACCCAAUCAAAUGCGUCACCACGCAAUCGUCUUGAUCCUUUCAAAAACACCAAUGUUCAAACUUAUAGCCACCGACCAAAUGUGUUUCCAGUGUAUGUGCUAGAUACAGUGUCGAAAGCAGAGACUGCGCAUAGAGGGGAACCCCGAAAGGAGACAUUUCCCGAUCCAUAUGGAACAGAUAUCAACGGCAGCUGGUUUCAAUUCAAGAAAUCUUUAUUUUAUCCAACUACAUAUCCUCUGGAAAGAGUCGAGAUUGAUGAGAAAUAUCUAGAUGAAUACAGUUUGAAUGGAUCUUGGGGCGGUGAUGCUCGACUCAAGGAAGAAUUUACAGAAUACCAGCAACUUAAAGAUGCCAACAAACAUCGAAGCUUGCUCAAUCUAUUCAUGAGAACAAAAGACCCUGGUGAAAACGAUACAAAAGUGCGUUCUACAGCUGGGUAUUGGAUGGGAGAAAACCGAUCCCAAUUGAAACCAGCAUUUAGGAAAUUUUUCAUGCAAAAUCCCUUGUUACCGUUGACAUUGAGGAUAUUGACCUUGAUUUUUUGUGCCAUUGCCUUGGCAUUGGCUUGCAGUAUUUUUGUAUUUUCAAAAGACACUUAUGAUGGGUCCAAAGUUGGUCAAAAGGCGAGUACAAUCAUGGCCAUUGUCGUGCAAACAUGCGCCUUGGUGUAUGUGGUUUACAUUGCCUACGACGAGUAUUCAGGAAAACCAUUAGGGUUACGUGAUCCAAUUGGCAAGUUCAGACUAGUCAUGUUGGACUUGUUAUUCAUCAUUUUUUCCUCAGCAAACUUGUCGCUAGCAUUUGAUACAUUGUAUGAUGACGAAUGGGUGUGUGAAAUCUACAACAACCCGCAUGGGAUUGACAAUAACGCGUUCCCAGUAAUCUCAUCCAUCUGUCGUCGACAAAAGGGACUAGCAUCGUUUUUAUUUGUUGUGCUAGUAACUUGGGUGUUGACAUUUACAAUUAGUUUAGUACGAGUGAUUGAUAGAGUUAAUGUGUAG